UCAUUUCUCAUUGCACAGGCUGUUCAUCCUGCACAAAUCUCUCUUCUCUCUCUGUGGCCAUGAGAAGGAUGUCAACUAUAUUGCCGAGGUUGAUGCUUGCUCUGGUUUUUAUGCUUCUAAUUUCUCCUAAAAGAGAUGGGCAGGAUGAGCAAUGGUGCAUUGCAGAUGAGCAGACUCCGGAUAGUGAAUUGCAACAGGCCACGGAUUGGGCUUGUGGAGCAGGUGGGGCAAAUUGUACUAACAUUCAAGUGAGUCAACCUUGCUAUUAUCCCAACACCGUCAAAGAUCAUGCUUCCUAUGCCUUCAACAGCUACUUUCAGAAGUAUAGGAGCAAAGGUGGAUCUUGCUACUUCAAAGGAGCUGCUAUGAUUACAGAGCUUGAUCCCAGUUAUAAUUCUUGCCGAUAUGAUUACACGCCCUGAUUCAUCACCAAUGUUAUGCAAUGACUCCGCAGCAAUGUUUGCUUCUUUUCUUUCUGUUUUUUAUGUUAGACAACUUUUUUGUGCUUCCUCAGAACUACUGUAGGCACCAGCGUGCAAAUUGCGCAACUUAAAUGCAUAAAUUUCUUCCAAUACUAUAAACGCAGGGUUACUGUAUUA